UGUUAAACUCUCCCUCUGCUUUGACGUUGUUUAGCAGUUGUUGACAGUUGACCGAAAAGUGAUGUUUCAAAGCAUGAAAAUGAAUGGCUAUGCAUAAAAUCAUUAUUUAAAAUUAACUUUAAAUGCCAUCUACCUGUUUAUUAGGAUUAGAGUAAGCUUAAACCUCUACCUUCCCUCAGUAAUUGCUAUUGUCCAUCAUGUUUUCGCAUUCUAUGACAUUUUGUCGUUAAAACUGAUUCCCUAUUGAUUGGUUUGUCCUCACCUACCGUUAUUUUGUCAACAUAUUUUUAAUUAUUGGUUUGAGCUGAAACUUUUAAUCAAAAUGCCAAUCAAACGUCGUAUCGGUGUGGUUAAAAAUCCACCAAUUUUCAGUCAUGAAUUUUUCAUUCAAAAUCAUCCUGAUAUUAUCUCUUGUGUUGCAAUGUUAUUCGUGAUGGGACUGCUUUUUCAGUCUACUGCACCUUUGGCGAGCAUUUUCAUCGCGAUGAGCCAUAAUGUUACCGAGAUACACGAAGAAACCGUUUUAUAUUCUUAUGGUGUUAAGGAUCUUGCUCUGAUUUUUUUCUACUUUUUAAUUUCAAUCGUUGUACAUGCGAUUAUUCAAGAAUAUGUUCUCGAUAAAAUCAAUCGAAAACUUCAUUUAUCAAAAAUUAAACACAGCAAGUUCAAUGAAAGUGGCCAACUUUUAAUUUUUUACCUAUUUUCUGUUCUCUGGGGAGGUGAAGUUAUCAGAAGAGAAGGCUACCUUUGGUCCAUAUCGAAACUUUGGAUAGACUAUCCUUUCCAUCAUAUGAGCUACCUCUUCAAACUUUACUUUAUCGUUCAAAUAGCAUAUUGGUUGCACAAUUUUCCCGAGCUUUAUUUGCAAAAGGUUAAAAGAGACGAGAUGGUUUCAAGGAUCACUUAUUCAAGUUUUUAUCUCUUCUUCUUUGCUGCUGCUUAUUCUCAAAACUUCACUCGAAUCGCGUUGUGCCUUUCAAUCAUACACUAUACUGCCGAAGCUCUGUUUCACUUUUCUCGACUUUGCUAUUUUGCUGAUAUUACGUCAGUAUCUGAUUAUGGUUUCAAGCUGUGGAAUGUCCUAUUUGUAGUUGCACGAUUAGCUACAAUUACUCUAUCUGUGCUGACAUUUUGGUAUGGACUGGCUAUUAAUCAGAAGAGUACUAUAUCUUUCAUCGAAGGCAACUUUAAUACACAGUUAGUAAGAAUUAACUGUUUGUUAACUUUGUUCCUCCUGCAAGCUUGGAUGAUGUGGAAUUUCAUUACCUUCCAUUUGAAACGCAUAAGAGAAAGAAACUUGGAAAAGCAUAUGGCCAAAAAGAAAAACAAGAGUCAAUCCAAAAAAUCAACGCGAAUAGAUGAAGAUGUGAAUGAGUUGCCUGAAGUAGAUCAAAAUAUCAAUAAGAUAGUUACACAACGAAUAACUUCCAAAGCAGGCAAAGUCAAACACUAAUACCGCUAUAUAUGGAGUAUUUUGGUCGACAAAACGAAACUACUUAUAGCACAAUCGAUUAUAAGAGCUCUCACGAUUUCGGUGAUAUGUUAGCUCAUUUUAUCAAACAAUUAUCGACUUGAAUACAAUCUACCCGAAAAAUUCAAUUGAUUUACUCAUAUUCUGCUUAUUCCUAUACAUAAAUAGCACAUCCUGUAUCAAUCAUGCAUCUAUCUCGGUAAAAACUGUCUUGUGUUUUAAAUGUAAUCUCACUUGAAUUUGUAAAUUAUCUCUAUUUAAGCUUAUAAAUGGUAUUUUUCUACACUCAAAA